AUGGUGGCGGGGGGCACGGGUGGCCGCGGCUGCGUCGCCUUUAGGCGCGAGAAGUUCGUUCCGCGCGGGGGCCCCUCGGGCGGGAAUGGGGGCAAGGGGGGCGACGUUUACCUCGUGGGGGACGCCUCGCAAAAUUCCCUGCUCUCCUUCCGGCGCUCGGUGCACUUCAGGGCGGAGCAUGGGGAGCCCGGCCAGGGCUCUGACAUGCAUGGCCAGGGGGGCAAGGACAUCUCGGUCUCCGUCCCCCCCGGCACCGUGGUGUGGGCCCGGGAUGCCGCUGCGGGGGACCCCCCCCUUGGCGAGGUGCUGGCGCCAGGUCAGCGCGUGCUCAUCGCCCGGGGAGGAAAAGGCGGGCGGGGAAACCUGGCCUUUAAGACCGCAAGGAAUACCGCGCCAGCCUUGGCGGAGCACGGGGAGCGGGGACAGGAGACGUGGCUGAGGCUGGAGAUGCAGCUGGUGGCGGACGCCGGCAUCAUCGGCGCACCCAAUGCGGGCAAGUCCACGCUGCUGCGGGUGCUCAGCGCGGCCCGGCCCAAGGUGGCCGACUACCCCUUCACCACCCUGACGCCCAACCUCGGUGUCUGCGGCAUGGACGGCAGGAGCACCGUGUUUGCAGACGUGCCGGGGCUGGUGGAGGGCGCGCACGCGGGCACGGGCCUCGGCCACGAGUUCCUGCGCCACUGCCGCCGCUGCUCGGUGCUGGUCCACGUCGUCGACGGCUCCGGCCCCGACCCCUGCGCCGACUUCCUGGCCGUGCGCCGCGAGCUGGAGCUGUUUGACCCCGGCCUGGCGGCCAAGCCCUUCGUGCUGGCCUACAACAAGAUGGACACGCCCGCCUCCUCCGAUUACUGGCCCGACGUGCGCGCGGCGUUGUGCGAGGAGCACGGCCUGGCCGACGAGGACGUCCUGGCCGUCUCGGCGGCGGCGGGGACGGGGGUGCCCGCACUGGUCCGCCGCGUGCGCCGCCUGCUGGAUGGCGCAGGGGCUUCGGGGAGCUGGGAGGAGCCGGGGGAGGUCGUGGCGCUGGCGCCGCCGCCCGCGGCGGUCAACACCGCGCGCCUCAGCGACUUCUCCAUCAGCUCCGACCUGGCGGGUCCGCGCACCUGGUAUGUCAGCGGCGAGGCGCUGGAGCGCUUCGCGCAGAUGACCGACUGGUCCUACUUUGAGGCCGCGGCGCGCUUCCAGGGCGUGCUCAAGGCCGCGGGCGUGGAGGCGGCCCUGGUCAGGGCCGGGGUCAAGCCGGGGGACACGGUGGUGGUGGGCGAGGUGGAGUUCAACUACAGCGAGGACCAGGGCAAGGGGGCGCUGUACGGGGCCUGGAUCGAGGCGCGCAAGGAGGCUGGCGUCGUGGGGCGGGGGUCUGCGCGAUGGCCGCACACCACUGGGUGA